AGCACAAGGCAGCGAAGUCCAGUAUUUAAAAUCGCAACCCGCACGGUGGUUUGUGGGUUAGCGUAGUGUCGCGGCCGAGCUCAGUUUAUUAAUAGAAAGGAAGACCGGUUGCAGGCGAAGAUGAAGGCACUACUGCUGCUUGUUUUGGCUGUUGGGUUCAACGUCCAGUACGGUGGCAGCUCCAUGCACUCUUCAUGCUCCGAGUCUCCAUUAAACUGGUGUUCUUCUCUGGACUCGGCUGUUGAGUGUGGGGUUUUGAAGUCGUGCCUUCAGUCAAACUUCAGCAAGUCCCGUCAGACAGAGGAUCUCAUCGAGGUGGGGCUUUACUAUGAGAGUCUGUGCCCUGGCUGCAGACAGUUUUUCGUUUUGAUGCUCUUUCCCACUGCAAUCCUGCUGGAUGACAUCAUGGCUGUUAAACUGGUGCCCUUCGGCAAUGCGCAGGAGAGCGGAACGACGGGGAAGUACGUUUUUACUUGCCAACAUGGAGAACAGGAGUGUCUGGGCAACAUGAUUGAGACUUGUAUAAUGAACAUGUCCCAAAUGGCUUUUCCGAUCAUCUUCUGUAUGGAGUCCUCUUCUGAUGUCGUCAAUUCAGCCAAAGCUUGUACUGGGAUUUACGACCCUGGCUUGAGUUGGGACAAAGUCAUGGGCUGCGUCAAUGGGCCUCUGGGAAACCAGCUGAUGCAUCAGAAUGCCUUGGAGACCGCUGCCCUGAAACCUCCACAUGAAUAUGUACCCUGGAUCACCAUUAAUGGGGAGCAUUCAGAUGACCUGCAGCAGAAAGCUAUGACUUCUCUCUUCUCUCUGGUCUGCAGCAUGUACAAGGGCACUAAGCCUGCAGCCUGUGGAGGGAGCCAGAUGCACUACCAAAAUUACUGCCAGAAUAAGUGAGGGCGCAACAACUCUGCACAAGCCUGUUAACCAGCUCUGUCCCAGCUGUGGCCACUAAACAAUAAACACUGACGAAUGUCAUCAAAUCUUUCUGUUUUUAUUUGUGUGUUUGCACAUUGUUUCUACAAUAAAGAUUUUAUAUCACUUCACUUUUGUAAUUCCCAAAA